AUGUCACUACCGUGGAGGAUGCUUACCAGGCGCGGGCGAGAGCGUGAGCUUGACCACCAAGCUCGGUUCGCAGAGUCUCGUUCCAGGGCGCUUAAAGGCAUCAUCGACCCAUACAAUAACACUUUACAUCACAACAACAUGCUUAUCGAGUCCGAUUCAUAUCACGAUCUCGGUAUAGUUUGCCGUGAUCUAGUGAUUGAUACCGAUGGAUCCUACACAGAUGUUCCUAAACCAGCUUUCUUUGAUCCUCUGGCUGUUUCCCAAAUUCCAACGAUAAACACGGAGUCUGACGCGACUCGGAUAAGCUUGGAGGACAUAAUGACUAUUCGGAAAUGGCGAAAGACAAAUCCUCAAUAUCGGUCCCUAUCAAGACAAACCCGAGCGUUGGGCUUUGAGAUAGGCGCUGCCUUCAGGUACCAUAAACGUGAUGAAGGCCGUCGGAAAGAUCGUAGCCUUGCCUCUAUCGCCAACUAUUCCCAAGGUGGAGAUAUCUCGCCAGACAUAAUCGCUGAAGAGUACGAUCCUGUGAUAUGGCAAUCCCUCUGGUGGCACCCGGACGCAGCCUUUUGCCAGAAAACAUACCUCAAUCUGCCACACACAAUGAUUGUGUUGCAAAUGACCGUUGAGCUGGACGAUAGAAUCUUCCAAGUGGAGGUUUUGACAGCUCUCACCAUCAUGCUCACGCUUCUUGAGGGAGAUAGGUUUGAGCUUCACAACACAGUGCCGGUCAUGGUGAUUAGUGUUAUGGGUCGAAUGCAAGUCCGUGUUCUACAGUUUCACUACAGCCGUGAAGGUCUUGUUGUUACCAAGACACGUUUCAUGAGCUUCGCCACGGAUGAAAGCACGACGAUCGGGCUCGGUGUCUUGAUGGGCCUCAUGUCGUCAAAGACUAGUGGGAACACAAAGGAUCCCAGUAACAUCUGGAAGCCCGUGUCCCCUCCCACCACCCCAACCCAAGCUUCUAGCGAGCCUCCUGUUGUUGACCCAAAUCUUACCGCCAGCAGACGGAUCCUCCAAGCUCUCCAUGUCGGGAAAUACAGUUCACGUGCCAAGAGGUCCCGAAGCAAAACUCAUGGAAUCCCGGAUUUCGAUCCACAACCCCCCAACCAAAUUAGCGCCCCUACACACAAAGCUCAGGAAGACACGAAGGAACAGAAGCCUCCCGGAUCACACUUUGCGUAUCCUGAACAGCUAUUCACCGGUCCUCCUGACUAG